AUGGGGACAUUUCAUACCUUUAAAUGGGUGUUAAUAAUCUGGAGCUCCUCACUGGUCCUGACGGGCCUCAUUCUUCUCUCCAGCAGCGCCUUCAUUGUCCACCAGGCCGGAUUCCACAAGUACCAGCGCCUCUUUACUCUACUAUUGAUGCUGUCCACACGAGACCAGUCACUUGAGCUUCUCUUGAAGGUAAUUACCACCAACCUUUAUCCUCUGGUUGCUAAUUGGAAGGAAGAAGACAUUAAAAUGGAUGAUCUCUUGAGCAGCCAAGAUGAUACAGGUCUACUAGCAAGCCAGGCAACUGGCUAUUUGCUUGCCUACCUAUUCUGCUCAGUUAUCCGUACCUGGCAUAUAGUAGCUAUUAUCCUCAUCUUUGCCAGCCUGAUUCUGAUCGGCACCACCAGUAUCAUCGCCACUUAUCUCCAAGGCCGCCGACUACUCCUCGUGUCUUCAGGCGCGCUGAUCGCCUUACUGAUCGGAGUCAGUUUUGCUCAUAAUCUAGUUAUGGAUUGGCAGCCGAUGGCUCAUCUCUCUCUCGUAGAAUUUUUGAUGGUCAAAGUGUCUAAAGAAUUCCAGUUGCAGCCAUCGAGUUUUCCCGACGUCAUCAUCAGUGCCGUUAUCGUCAGUCUCGUCCUCAUCCUCAUUUUCUACCUUGCCAUAUUCCCCUCUAUUCUCGCCAAUUCAUUCAGCUCCUCGUCUUCAGGUACUGGAAAAUUCGCCGCUCGAGCGAAAGCAUGA